AUGAAUAAGCCCGUGACAAAAAGUUCGAUCCUGGAGGACGGCUGCGAAGGUACUACCUUUGAGAGGAAGUACUACCAUUCCGGCAUGUCCUACAUCAAAAGAAGUCUUCGGAGGGAGGAGUUCAAAGAAGGUUACUACGGCAUAUAUGUCCCUCGGCUCAGUAAAGAAAGGCUCCAGAAUGAGGCCGCGUGCUUGCGCUUCAUUAGCCGCGCGACCAGCAUACCGGUGCCAAGGGUUUUCGCUGAUUUCGAGGACGCCGGGGCAUACUAUCUUAUCACCGAAUUCAUCGAUGGUGUUUCAAUGAGCGAGCUGUCAGAGGAAGAUAAGGUCCCCGUACGCAAAGAGCUCGAAAAGUACCUGCAUAUCCUCCACAAUCUCAAAUCCAACGUCGUCGGGGGACCAUCCGGCCUCGUCGUCGCUCCUCGUCCAGUGAUGGAAAAUACCGACCAGGAUCUUUGGGUAUUGCAACCAUCCGAGACAGACGAGUUUGUAUUCUGCCACAAUGACCUCUCUGAGUACAAUAUCAUUGUGGAUCCGAAAGAACUCACAAUCCGCGCCAUUAUAGACUGGGAAUACGCAGGUUACUAUCCAGAGUUCUUUGAAGCCCCGAUUUAUACGCGACAUGGGCCGAACGCUCAAGUUACCAAUGAUGACGGGUUGGUCUCGCGUAUGCUUGAGUUUUUACGUACUCGGGAACUAAAAGCUCCUAUUCUCGCCAAAGAAUCAGCGAACAUGAGCAACAACACGAACAGGCAAUAA